AUGGGUGCAGGUGGGAACAACUUUUCGUGUUUGACCACUUCUCUCGCUUGCGGGAACCUCUGUUCGACCGCUUCGUCUUCGCGCGGGAGCCACUGCUCGUCCGCGUCGUCAAUACGAGGGAGAAACUACUUGUCCACGUCGGACCUCUCGCUGAAAAGCGAGGAUACAUCGUCACUCGUGCGUAGUGGCACGGAACAAGCGGUACAGAGAGGGCCAUCGCUCACUCCGUGUACCGCCGGUGUCGUGGAUGUACGAUCCACGACUGUAACGUUCGGCCAAUCUCUUGGAGACACCAAGGGAUGGGUGAACACUUCGCUGGUGUCAAACUUGCUUCGACGUCUCACUGAUCUGGCUAACUAG